AUGCCUCAAGACGUCUCUUCGACUACAACUGUUACAUUAGAGUCCGGAACUCUCAACAUACCCGCAGCUGCUCCUUUAACUAUCAGCAGUGGAAGAUUGAAUCAAACCAUCUUGGAAACUGGUACCACGUAUGGUGGUGUGGCCAGAUGGGGUGAUGAACCUCACGAAUUCGGAAUGAGAAGAUUGGCUGGUACCAAGGAAGAUGGGGCCAUGAGAGACUGGUUCAUUGAAGAGUGCAAAUCUUUGGGAUGCCGUAUCAAGGUGGACAAGAUUGGUAACAUUUUCGCCAUUUAUCCGGGGAAAAAUGGAGGUAAACCUACAGCUACUGGUUCACACUUAGAUACACAACCAGAAGCAGGCAAAUAUGACGGUAUUUUGGGUGUUCUAGGAGGUUUGGAAGUUUUGAGAACUUUCAAAGACAACAACUACGUUCCUAAUUAUGAUGUUUGUGUCGUUGUGUGGUUCAAUGAAGAAGGUGCUCGUUUUGCCCGUUCUUGUACUGGUUCUAGUGUGUGGUCUCACGAUAUGACUCUAAAGGAAGCUUACGAGCUCAUGUCUGUAGGAGAACAAGAGGCUGAGUCUGUGUAUGACUCACUCUCCAAGAUUGGGUAUAUUGGUGAAACGCCUGCAUCGUAUGAGGAGAACCAAAUCGAUGCGCACUUCGAAUUGCACAUCGAGCAAGGACCUAUUCUAGAAGACGAGAAGAAAGACAUUGGCGUAGUGACAGGUGUCCAGGCUUAUCAAUGGGAAAAAUGUACAGUUUACGGUGUCGGUGCUCACGCCGGCUCUACUCCUUGGAGAUGCAGAAAGGACGCUCUAUUGAUGAGCUCAAAAAUGAUCGUUGCAGCCUCAGAAAUCGCUCAAAAACAUCAAGGUCUAUUUACUUGUGGUAUUAUUGACGCCAAACCUUACUCUACGAACAUCAUUCCUGGUGAAGUAUCUUUUACGCUAGACUUCAGACAUCCAUCAGAUGAAGUUUUAGCAACAAUUCUAUAUGAAGUUCACCUUGAAUUCGAUAAAUUGACCGAGAACAAUGCAGCUGGUCCUUUAUCUUAUGGUAUAGAGGUUUUGCAAAUUUCACCAGCAGUGAAAUUCAAUGAUAUUUGUAUCCAAUGCGUUUCUAGAUCUGCACUUGCCCAAUUCCCAACGAACAAAGUACGCCAAAUUUGGUCUGGUGCUGGGCAUGACUCUUGCCAAACAGCCCCUCAUGUUCCUACGUCAAUGAUAUUUAUUCCAUCGAAGGAUGGGUUGUCACACAACUACUAUGAGUAUUCUUCACCACAAGAGGUUGAAAAUGGCUUCAAAGUGCUAUUGCAAGCAAUUAUCAACUACGACAAUUACAGGGCUGCUAGAGGUCAUUAG